AUGGAGAAACCAGCAUAUGGAAUGACGCCUCCAAGUCGGUCUACCAAGCAACGUCGUACAACGUCGCCGCUUCAUGAAAUGGAUGACGAGCCAGAAUCCCUUAGCCCCAGUGCUGGUUCUCUGGAGUUGGAAAGUACAAACACCCAAUGCUCCGCAGAGACCAUCGCCCAGAUUGUGCGUUCGGAGCUCCAAGGUGGUUUGCACCCUCUUCAAGCCCAACUGAGUGCUGACCGAUUAAAUGUGGUCGAAGAGUCCAUUUCUCAUCAUGCCGUACGUAUCGAGAAACUUGAAGAGGUUAUGAAGCAAGACGGGGUCAAGAACACGAACGCGGACAACAUGGCACAUUUCCAGAAAAUCGAGCAGCAUGUGGAGGAGCUGCAAGCCAUGGUUUUGGACUUGCAGAAAGCGGGGCGACAGACAAAUGACAUCACUGGUUCCGGUGUUGCAUCGACGGUGGCAGUGGGGGGCUUGGGCACGCUCACAUGUUCACACACGGCAUCGCAGUGGCUGAUGAACAAGUUGAAGGAGUUUUCGGCGCCUAUUCCGACGAGUGUCUUCAGUAAGUCCUCAGAGUUCAAAGGUCUGUUGUUUGCAAAGUUUUCUUCCAUGUUUGAACGCGACACAGCCGUAGCAAUUUUGCGAAGUGCAAAGCUCAUGGAAGGCAAAGACCACAUUUGGGCCACGCCGGAAUUGCCACCGGCAACACGUGCAAGGAAAUUGUUCUUGCUGGGACUUCGCUGGCAGUUGGGCGAAUGGGGGUUUGACAAGCGCGAAGUUCAAGUAGACGACGAGUACACGCAGAUGACGAUUGACAACAAGGCUGUUCUCAAGCUCAGCGCGGGCGACGACGACCUCAAAUAUUUAUGGGCAGAACAGUGGGCUCGGUGGGAUGAAUUUCAGCAAAGCAGCGAGCUGGCCGAUCUCUCGACGAAGGCAUCGAAUGUUAUGCUCAAGCAACAGGCGAAGGGGGCUGGCAAGACGAAGAGCAAAAGCAAAAAUAUUUAG